GUCCGAUAAUAAAACGCAAAAUCAUGAAAACAACUGUUCCUCCCCGUGCCUCCAGCUACUCCAAAUAAAACAUCUCUUUAGCUAAAGAAACUUCUCACUUUCACUUCUUCCAAAGUUCAUCAAAUCAUAAUUACAAACAAUUUUGUUUUCAUGUCGUCGUUGCUCUCCAACCCCACUCUCUUCACUCUCUUCCUCGGCCACAAACUUUGUCAGAAUCAGAAUUCGAAAAAUGGGAUAACUUAUAACCCCAUUUUAAGAAGCCAUAGAAUCCCUAGAUGUGCUGUGGACAUGCCUUAUGGAGUUAAUGCCCCAACUUUUCCUCGAAUCAAAGUUUGGGAUCCCUAUAAACGGCUUGGUAUUAGUCCUUAUGCUUCAGAGGAAGAAAUUUGGUCAGCGCGCAAUUUCCUCUUGGAACAAUAUGCUGGGCAUGAGAGAAGUGAAGAAUCAAUUGAAGCUGCAUUUGAGAAACUACUUAUGGUCAGCUUCCAGCAUAGAAAGAAAGAAAAGAUUAACUUGAAAAGUCGGCUAAAGAAGAAGGUAGAGGAGUCUCCUCCUUGGAUUAAAAACUUGCUCAAUUUUGUGGAACUUCCUCCAGUGGAAGUUAUUUUCAGAAGAUUGUUCCUAUUUGCCGUCAUGGGUGGCUGGAGUAUAAUGAAUUCUUCUGAGAGUGGACCUGCCUUUCAGGUAGCAGUCUCUUUGGCAGCCUGCAUAUAUUUCCUUAACGAAAAAACAAAGAGCUUGGCUCGGGCUUUCAUUAUUGGACUCGGCGCACUUGCUACUGGGUGGAUCUGUGGAUCAAUCUUUGUUCCAAUGAUUCCAACAGUUCUAAUUCACCCAACAUGGACGCUCGAGUUGUUAACAUCAUUAGUAGCAUAUGUUUUCCUGUUUCUUGCAUGUACUUUUCUCAAAUGAAGUCCAACCAUAUGUUCCUUCUGAAGUUUUAAAACUAGAUUGAACUUCUUUUUGCCUUCAAUCUCCAAUCAAAAAUUAUGGUUUCAGCAUUUAUUUUCAAAGGUUCUGAGAUUGGAUACUGUUUUGAAACGUCGUUUUAUAAAGGAUUCAGUCAUAAAAUGACAUCACAGCAUGCUUGAAG